CACACUCGCACACAGUCACAGCAUAUUGCUUAGCCAGCCAUAAUCGCAGAACGGAUAAGUAGUUUGAGAAACGAAACACUUGAAGCGAUCGGCAUCUCAACGUAUCAAUCUCUCAUCAACACCGUCUUGCGAAACCAAAUAAACGUACUAUUCAGCGCAGCGGACCUCCGUGAUACCACCCGCCUCAUUCCACCGGUGUUUCGUGACAGAGUCGGAAUGUUCUUGCGUGCACACUUUGCAGGUUGCGUCGAUGUACAUCAACGCGUAUCGUUUCAGUGAACACGAGAGAAAUAGUGGCAACAGGCAUUUUGUUCAUCUUGUGCACUUUUUCUAAGCGAAUAAAAAAUAACCAGGGACGAAUUUUGGUUAGCCUACGUAGGUAAAAGGUUUCACCUGGAAUACUUUCACAGUACCAAAUGAAUGAGGUAGAAAGCAAAUAAGUUGAGCAGUGACUGUUGCCUUAAAGCAUGGAAACUGGGGUAGGUGAGAGGAAAACCUGGAAAGAAAUUAGUCACUACGGAUGUUGUUUUGUUACUAAAGGAAGUGUCUAAUAUCACUAAGGGGGGUGCUGCAACAGUUUGUGGGAAUAACACAAUUUCUCAGCCAUCAUCGUCGCGCACAGAUGAAUAAGAUUUGAGACCGGAGGUGUCGUGAGGCUCAACACAAAUCUGUACAGAGGUACAUCUUUCUAUCGUUGAACACUCAAUUGUCAGUGGAUUCCAAGACCAAGCCUGCCAAAAUAGAGAGGAAACAGCCAUGUCAGCACUGUGGGAGUUUAAACCAUUUCAUGAAGACAUACAGCAAACAAUUUCAAAGAUAUCUCAGUCUCUGUGAAAACUGUGCUUGUCCUUAAAGCAAAUCUCAUACUGGGAUCAGGAGGUUUACAUGUAGUGACUGUCCUUGAAAAUAGUCGUUGUGAAGACAAUCUUGUCUUGCAAACCUUUUCCUCCCAUCAUUAGUUUAUUGAACACUCUCCAAUAGCCUAAAUACCUAUACGUUAAUAGGCAUAUUUAUUGUGAAGCGGGUAAAUGUUCACAUGCUGAAUGAAGAAAUGAGUAUUUAUUUUAGUUUGGUAAUAUAGAGGUGUCCAGGCCAACAUUUAGAGAAACCUCUUAACAAAAUCACAAUGAUUCCUCACCAUAAUGUCCUAAGUGACUCAAAGGAGUUUACCGUGCUGAGUAGUCCUGUUAAGACGUAAACAAGUGCAGUAAAACGAAAAGAUUACCAGUACUUUUUGAUUUAGUAGGUUAUAUUUUUUCAUCAAGAAAUUGUUUAUGCUCAAUAAUUUUAGACAAAAUCAGGGAGCUUUGCAGGUCAGGGAAAUUUGCCUAAAGACAUAAAGUGCCAUUGUUGAAUGUAAGGAGUGCCAAAAUACAAAACAAAAAUAGGCAAAAAAAAUACAUGCGUUUACAUUUUUAAGAUGUUUACAAUUGCCCCACUCUCUUAAAUUUAUAUUUCAUUCUAAGAAGUGCCAAAACAAAGGAAUUAACGUAAAUAUAUUCACUACAGCUUAACUGCCUUCAUGUGUUAUCAAAACUAUAUACUGAGUAAUAGAAGAAAGAUAACGAGAGAAGCCAUUUCUUGUUUGUCGGUGGAUAUGUAAAAAUGUAUAUUUUUGAAAAAGAUCAUAAAAGAGAAUAUUUCCCUCUGCCUUGUUAAUACUUGCAAAAAAAUAGACGUUGCCUGCUAUUAAUAUCGUUGCCAUUUUAUUCUUAUAGGCCUAAUUUUUUUAUGCAACUACAUACUAAAUGUAGGCACUGCAUGUUAAGAAUGAGAGAAUGGUCACCUUGAAGCUGAAAGCAAAUUUGUUUUUUUUUGUCUCACACUGUCUCUCAGUGUGACAGUUCACACAGCAGAUCCUCAGAACAGAUUUUUCAUUUGAGACUGUUUUGAUAUAUACGUUGGAGGGCUGCUACAAGAAUAUUUUACAUACAGUGUCGAACGGCCUGUUUUUUUAUAUUCCACAUUGUGCGGCGAGUUGAGUCAGUGAGAGGAAAUAGCAGUGUUAGUCAUGUAAAGAUGAUGCCCACCUUGGAAGCCCGAGUGCGUGUCAUCGUUCUCUUCCUGCUCAUCGCUGUCCCACAUAACGCUUUCUCAGCAAGCGUCCCCGGCCCCUCUAGAAACACACCAAAUGGGCCCAUUACCAUCACCCCGACGCCCAACCCCAGAGCUCAGGGAAGGGGCUUUCUGUUCCCGCUUUCCAAAAGCAGCGGGAACAUGCGAGGGAAGUCGAUGAGUCGUUGGCCAAAGCAGCCAGCUGGAGCAGUAGAAAUGCCCCCAAGGCCGCUGCCUCAGAUAAUGCUGCCAAAGAAUGUAACGGCCAAUGCUCUGAAGCCCCCUUUUGAAGGAGCGCACGUAGCUCCACCUCCUCGCAAACUUGUGGAAGUGGAUGUGUGCCGGGGUUAUUACGAUGUCAUGGGCCAGUACGAUCAAACCUUUAAUUGUUCCAAGGAUGACUUCAUCUACUGCUGUGGAACCUGCCAUUACCGGUUUUGUUGUCCGGAUCGUUCCCGAAGGUUGGACCAGAACCCCUGCAACAACUACCACUCCCCAGUGUGGGCCAAUACUGCCCCCCCAGCAACCAGGCCACCACCGCAAACCCAUCCCGACCAGAGCCGAAUUGAGCAGAGCAACAACACCGUCUAUGUGAUCGGUGGGGUCAUCUCGUUCACAGUGGCAGUGGCCGUGGCCAUUAAGGUGGCAUUCCACAAGGCAUCACGACAACCUAGGAACAGAGAACUCAACAUGCCCAGGGCUCUUGUGGAAAUGCUGCGUCACCAGUCGAGUCCAGUCCAAGACGGAGAGAGAAACAAUAGUGUAGCUAUAGGAACUGGAGGAGGAGAGGGGACGCUUGGACGACCUUCCAAAAACCUCUAUCCUACCCUACAGAGCAAAGAUAACCGACUGGGAAAUCUGCAGCAUAAUUACAUAAAUACCACAAGCUCCAGCCCCAAACAUACAGCCACCAUUGAACGUGCACCUCGCAUGAACAACAUGCAGAUGGCCACUGGUGGCACGUUGAAGCCCAGCAAGCAUACGAACGCCAUGAAGCCCCAACCUUCCUUUCAUCACUCUUUACACAACCUGGCUCAGCUGCCUCCGUCUUAUGAAGCCGCUAUGAAGCCUGACAUGAACAGAUACUCUUCUCUCAAGCGUUUGGAGAAAGGAGGAUUGGAGGACUAUUCAGGUUACUGUACCACGAAACGGAGACCCAACAAUGCCCCUCCAUCCUUUCAUUCUUCCCAGCACCAUCUUCCCUGGGGAGGCGACUACACACUGGGUGGUCGAGGCACACUUCCCACCCAUGCCACUCGCCCUCGAAUACCUCAUCCUCAAUCUGCACCAAGCCACACCCCAAAUCCUUACCCUCUAGAUCCACCAGAGACUAAGCAAAACCAGAAUUACGACACACUUUCCAAACCACCACGCCGAGUAAAGUCAACGGACCAGCUCCUUGCUCUCGCUGAGGGAAACACCUUAUCAAGAAUCCCCAAGAACCAGCAGCACCAGUACUACAAAUCGAAAAACUCCAAUAACCAGAACACCAUGCAGAAGUCUAAGGAGAGGCAACUAAUGUCACCAGAUCAUCUAGAGGAGGCAAUGGAGUAUGGCAGCAGUACAAGUGGGAUGGGGAUGGGAAUGGGUGACUACACAUCUGGAGGGGGUGGUGGGAGGGUUCCCACCCUGCCCCGCGUGAGCCAUCAGAAAGCUCAGUCGCAGCAGAACGUUUGCGCAACACCGUCGCUCGACCGUCAUCACAUGAUCAAGAUGAACUCGCACCCGACAUCGGGUCGAGAGCAAGAGCGAAAUUCCGCAGCGAUGUCGGGUCACCUUGGAGGAGGCGGGGUUGGAGGAGUUGGAUGGGGCGACAUGCCAGGAACGGGAGUUGUCAUGGGAACAGGAACUCUUGGCGGACACAGUGCCAGGAGGCUGGCAUUCGCAGCUAAACGGCAAAAUACCAUUGAACAACUUCACUUCAUCCCUGGUGCCGGAGGGAGUGGAGUGGCAAGUAACCAAGGGGUUAGAACAGGAAGCAAGAAUGAGGUUACUGUGUGAGCAAGCUAGACAGGCUAUCGAGAGAAUUAAGGGGAAAUGGAGAAGAUUUGUGAGGGAUAGACUGUGUGAAGAGUUGGAGGAUGGUAGAGACACUGUGGGAGAGAGAGAGAGAGAGAGAGAGAGAGAGAAAGUGGGUGGAAGAGGGAAGAAAAAACGAGAGACGAGAGAAAGGAGUAGGAAGAUGUAAAGGAAUCAGAGCAACAGAAUUUGAAGGAGGGGGCCACGAAGUGAGAGAAUCUAGAUAAAGGAAAGAGGAUUGGAAAGAGCCAACUGGCACCAUAUUUUUCACAGAUAUAUGUUGUAUAUGGUGGCAAAUUCAUCGAAUGAGAUUAGGUAACAA